UGCGGGCGGAGGCGGGACUCUCAGUUGCUUGGUUGGUACCCUCUCCGGAAGUGGUUGUUGGCGGUUGCAGGGCAACACCCCGGCGUCCCUAAGCCGGGAUGGUGCUGGGAAAGCGGCGCGGAGCCCGGAGCCGUCGCCCAGAGCCUCCCGGGGUGGGGGGCAGGUGUUCAAACCAAGACCAGUCAUGGCCAGACCAACCAUCCGCAUAGGAGACCAGCUGGUUCUAGAGGAAAAUUAUGAUGAGACCUACAUUCCCAGUGAGCAAGAAAUUAUUGAUUUUGCCAGAGAGAUUGGUAUUGAUCCCAUCAAGGAACCAGAACUGAUGUGGCUGGCGAGGGAGGGCAUUGUGGCCCCACUACCUAUGGAAUGGAAGCCAUGCCAGGACAUCACAGGUGAUAUUUACUAUUUCAACUUUGCCAAUGGGCAGUCCACGUGGGACCAUCCAUGUGAUGAACACUAUCGGAACUUGGUGAUCCGAGAGCGGGCGAAGCUGUCAGCUCCUGGGGCCAUUAAGAAGAAAAAGAAAAAGAAAAAGGAAAAGGAAAAGGAAAAGAAAGACAAAAAGGACAGAGAGAGCCCCAGAGGUCCCCUGGCCCUGGGCUCCUCGUUAGCCCCUGUUCACGUUCCUCCUGGGGGCCUGGCUCCUUUACGAGGCCUGGCAGAUGCCCCCCACUCUGCUCUUCGUGGAUCUCAAAGUGUGAGCCUGGGGAGUUCAGCGGAGUCUGGUCAGCUUGGAGAACCCACGCUGGGUCUGAAGACUUCUGCUUAUACAAUGGGUCUCUUGGGCUCCAUCCAUGAGGACAAGAACCCUCUCAGCCCCUUGGCUUUAGGGGAGGAGACCAACAAGGAGGAUGAGGAGGAAAGUGACAACCAGAGUGUCCGCAGCUCGAGUGAGCUUCUUAAGAACCUGCACCUGGACAUUGGGGCACUGGGGAGUGACUUUGAGUAUGAGGAGUCUCCAAGAGCAAGCCAGCCAGAGGAGAAGAAGCAUAUUUCUCUGGAUUCGGAUGUUCCUGGCCCCCCUUCUCCCGGCAGACUCUGUAGCCAAGAGGCAGACAGCAGUCUGAACAGUGACGAUGACAAAGGGCGACAGGGAGGAGGGGCAAGCCCUGGGCUCCCAGGAAAAGAGGAGACCGAGAAGAGUGAGCCUGGGGCUUCCAGGAGCCUGGUGACUGCCAGAGUGGACCCCGGUGAUGAGCCUGCCAAUACCUCUAAAAAGGAGGCACCAGAGGUCCCAGUGGAUGCAGGAGAGGAGGGUUCCACGAGGGAAGAGGUGGCAAAGAAGAAGGCGUCUGCCCCGAAAGAGGGCAGAUCAGAUGCCAGCCAAGAGUCAGAGAUUAGUGAGCAUGUGAAGGAACUACAGCUUUCAGACUCCACGGCUUCUGACUGCAAGUCCUUCCUUGGCCUGGACUUGGGUUUUCGCAGCCGGAUCUCGGAGCAUUUGCUGGAUAUUGACGUGCUUUCCCCAGUCCUGGAUGGAGCCCGCUGGAAGACCCAGGGCUUAGGAAGAGAAGACAAGGAUGACAGCCAGUCCAGCCAAGAUGAGCUGCAGAGCAAGCAGUCCCAAGGCUUGGAGAGGGGGCGGCUCCAAAGACCCCUUCACAGCCAGGCCACUGAAGAAGGGCCUCUGCAGGCCCCUGACAGGCAGCCUGAGCAGAAGGAGGCAGUGGAGCCUGGGGAGGCCUCCGUGGCUAGCCCCAGCCCCAGCCCACCAACUUCCCCCCAAAGGGAGCAGGUCCCAAGCCCACCUGCCACCCUCGAGAGGGGCAAGGAGCAGUGCUCCCAGGCCGAGGAGCUGGGCCCUGGGCAGGAAGAGGCAGAGGAGCCCAAGGAGAAGGUGGUGGCCAGCCUCACCCCGCCGAUCUCUCCAGAGGUGCGAUCCACAGAGCUUGUGACAAAGCAGCUCUCAGAGGCUGCACUAAAGUCUGUGGAAGAGGCAGUGGCCCAAGAACUCGAGCAGGACCACAGGCUGCUGCUGGAGUCAAAGCAGGAGAGGAUGCAGCAAUUGCGAGAGAAGCUACGGCAAGAGGAGGAGCAGGAGAUCUUCCAGCUUCACCAGCAGAAAGAGAAGUCUCUCAGUUCCCUGAAAGAGCAGCUGCAGAGGGCCACUGAGGAUGAGGAGGCUCAGAUGAGAGAGGAGGAAAACCAGAGACUAGUGCAACUCCGAGCCCAGGUCCAGUCCAGGGCAGAAGCAGAUGAGGGCCAAAUCAGGGCUGAGCAAGAGGCUUCCCUGCAGAGGCUGAGAGAAGAACUGGAGUCUCAACAGAAGGCUGAGAAGGCCAGCUUGGAACAGAAAAACAGACAGGUGCUGGAGCAGCUCAGGGGAGAGAUGGAGGCCACGGAGAAGAGCGAGCGGGCUGCCCUGAAUGCCGCGAAGGAGCAGACCCUGCAGCAGCUGAGGGAGCGGCUUGAAGGGGAGAGGAGAGAAGUGGUGGCAAGGCUAGAGAAGGAGCACAGUGCUGAGCUGGAGCAGCUCUGCUCCUCGCUGAAGGCCAAGCACCGGGAGGUAGUCUGCAGCCUCCAGGAGAAGAUCGGGGAAGCUGAACAGAAAGAGGAGGCCCAGCUGCAAGAAAGCCUUGGGCGGACGCAGCUGAGAGCUCAGCAGAAGGCUCACCAGGUGACUGAGUAUGUGCAAGAGCUCAGCAGUCUCCUGCAAGAGAAGCGCCAGGAGGUGGAAAGGGAGCACGAGAGGAGAUUGGACAAGAUGAAGGAGGAGCACCAGCAAGUAGUGGCUGAGGCCAGAGAGCGGUACGAAGCUGAGGAGAGGAAGCAGCGGGCUGACCUCCUGGGGCACCUGACUGGAGAGCUCGAGCGCCUGCGGAGAGCCCAUGAACGAGAGUUGGAGACUGUGAGACACGAGCAGGACAGGCAGCUUGAGGACUUAAGGCGCAGGCACCGGGAGCAGGAAAGGAAGCUCCAAGAUAAAGAGAUGGAACUCGAAACCAGAAAUAAAGAUAUCAAGGCCAGAUUGGCUCAACUGGACAUCCAGGAGCAGACUGCCCAGAAGGAGAAGCAGCAGCUGCUUGAUAUGCAGAGGCAGGUUGCUCUGAAGAGUGAGGAGGUUAGAGCCACCCAUCAGCGCCUAGAGGAGGCAAAGAAGGAGCACACCCACCUGUUGGAGUCAAGCCAGCAGCUCCGAAGAGUUGUAGCUGAGCUUCAGGCCCGGAAGUUGGAGUUGGAGUCCCAAGUGGAUCUGCUGCAGGCCCAGAGUCAGAGACUGCAGAAGCAUGUCAGCAGCCUGGAGGCUGAAGCUCAGAGGAAGCAGGACCUGUUGAGAGAGCGGACAUUUGAGGAGAGCAGUGCUUCCCAACAUGUUGAGCCAGAUCUGCACGUUGAAGACCUGAGGAAAUCCCUUGGGACAAACCAGACCAAAGAGAUGUCCUCUGUUUCCCAGAGCAAGGAGGACUCGUCCUUGGAUGACCUGUCCUCCCACAGCGUCCAGCAUUACUUCUCUGCUGAGAGGGUAGCCCUCCGUAGCGCCAGGGAGUUCCUGGUACGGCAGAGAUGUGCCAUGCGGAAGCGACAGACAGCUUUGAAAGCUGCCCAGCAGCACUGGCACCGUGAGCUGGCCAGUACUCAGGAGUCAGCCAAAGACUUGCCAGGCACCAUGACCAUGGAAGAGAUACACAAGAACCAGGAGGAGGAGACCAAGCACCUGGAGGAGAUGAAGUCAGCCAUGCGGAAGGGCCACGACCUGCUGAAGCAGAAAGAGGAGAAGCUGAAUCCGCUGGAAUUCUCUCCUCAGGAAGAGGCCUCCGAUGAGGAGGCUCCAAGAGGAGGCCCCGCCAAGAAGGUGGUAACCUUUGACCUCAGUGACACAGAAGACAUAAGCUGUGAAAGUUCCGAAUCGUGCUCCUUGUCUCACACCAACUUGACAGCGGGUCUCACCUUCCCCAACAAGAUCCAUGACUUGAGCCGCGCCCUGCAUCAGGUCAUCGGGGAACUGAACAGUGCCCUCAGCAUGGUGGGCAGCCUCAGCACUCAGCCGCCGCCUCUCUUCACUUCCACGCUGGCUCAGUUCCCUCCCCGGGCCCCCAGGAGCACCUCCACACCCACCUACCACCCCUCCCUGGCCAGGCCCUCAGCUUCGUCCCUUGCUGCACCCAUAUCCACCCGAUGGGCUUAUAGUCCGGAACUGAGCCCCGGGCUGUCCUCCUCUGUGGCUCAAACAGUGGAUGACUUCUUGCUGGAAAAGUGGCGCAAGUAUUUUCCAUCGGGCAUCCCAUCUCUCAACAGCAGCCCUGCCUCCCUAGAGAACAGGCUGGGUUACGUGUCUGCAAGUGAGCAGCUCCGCCUCAUGCAGCCCUCCCGUUCCCGCGUUCCCCAGGCGGGCAGCACCGACUAUCAGCGCAUGAUAGAUGAAAACCGAAAGUGGCUGGAAAGCCUCAGGAAUGACCCCAAGUUACAUCUCUUCUCAAUGCCGAAGCCAACAGCCACUCGGGGCCUCCUGCAGCUGGGCCUGGAUGAGAGCAACAGACUGAAGGUGUAUCGCUGUUGAGGCCCCGGGCAUGGACUCUGGGGCAGCUUGGCCUCUCCUUCCCCCAACCAAGUGCCUGAGGAGCUGCCUGCACUUUACUUCAACUGAUACAGCAUUCUCCUGUCCCCUUUGCCACCUACCCCUCCCAGGACUGGGAGGAGCCAUCGGGGACCAGGGGUGUGAGUGAAACAGUAAAACCACACACUCUGACCAUAUAACCUAUCUCUGGCUGAAAUGUGUGGACACGAGCUCCUGCAUCGACAUGGCAGACUGCUGCUGUGU